UGAUGAUAUGAGGAUAUAUAAAGAGCCACUCAUCGAUCUUACAAUGAGAUCCGACUUAACGAAUUUGAUUCAAACUUCCCUUUUUUCUCUACUUUGCACGCUUUGGUCGUGUAUUUUUUCUAUCUCUUUCCCAUUUCCUAUCACAUUGCCAGGAGCAAUACGAUCAAGCAAGUCUUGACUCGAUCACAACUACACCUCACAAUGAUUUCUGCAUUUCGUUUUACCAUGAUGGCUAUCUUCAUCUUUUUCACCUUGAUGGUGAUGAUCAAUGCUUUGCCAAUCGCAUCCACUGAAGCAUUAAAGUACUCCUUGCGUUUGAAGAGGUCAAGUUGGAGUAAACGACAAGACCUAGUUGACGUGAAAGGUUUGAUUAAAAGGGGUGUCAUUCAACCACCACUUUCGGAGAUUGCACCUUCUUAUUAUUUCGGUAAAAGGAGAUUCAAUCCAAUCGAUUAUCCACUCGCUGCAAAGAUUCUAAAACGAAAUGAAGAUCGUGGCGUUGCAGCUUCCAAUACAAAAGAUUUGCAGGUUGACAAAAGGGAUGAUUCAAGUGCCACAAAGACGAUUCCCACUGCUAAUAUCACCCCAGCAGCCGUUAAUCAUACUCCACCCGAGACAAAUGGUAGACCAGCAAUCAGUCCUGAUGAUGCAAAGAAAGGUGACGACGCAAAGAAGGGCGAUGAUGCAAAGCCAAACAGUAUCCCACUUCCAAACGGAGUUAGUCCUGCUUCUCAAGGAUUUUUAUUCUUACCCGUUUCAAAACCAAGUGAUGGUCCAAGUAAAUCAGGCGCAAGCUCUGGCGCAUCUUCUACUCCCGCUUCCCAAACAUUCUUUUUCAACAUCGCAUCCCCUGAUGGUGGCUCAGUUUCUAAGUUUGAAGUGAAUGGUGACGAUGGUAAACCGCUUUCAAGCCCAGGAGGAAAAGCAGGCAACAAUGAUGUUACAAAAAGUGCUCCACCCGCUGAUGAUAAAGGUCCAAAUUCCGAAAAGACCCGAAUCAUUUUCAAACCUUUAAAUGAUCCUGACACAAAUCCAAAUCAAUCAAAAUCUGCUCCCAAUCCAGUUGCAAAACCUUCCAGUACAAACGAUGAUGCUUCAACAAACACAAACAAGAAUGCCGGAAAUGAUGCCGUGACAAAAGGUGCUUCUGAUUCUCAUGCAGACGAUAAAUCUUCCAAUGAUAAAGGCGGCUCAAGCGAUGAAAAAGCACCAACUUCAUCUCAAUCUACCGUUGGUGCAAACGAGAAAAAGAACGAUUCAGGUGAUUCAUCCAAAUCAAAAGAGAACAAUAAUGGAGGAAACGGUGGACAAAAUGAAGGCGGCGAUCACAAAGAUGGCGGAGACGGUGGACAAAAGGGAGGAGGAGAUCACAAAGAUGAUAAUUCCGGAAAUCAGAACGGCAAGCAAGGUGGCGGAGGCGGAGGAGAUGAUUCUGGUAAAGCAAAAGGCAACCCGGGUGGCGGAAGCGGAGGAGAUGAUUCUAGUAAAGCAAAAGGUAACCAAGGUGGCGGGGAUAACUCUUCGAAGGCUUCAGAGAAAAAGUCAGGUGAUGGCGAUUCUGGUCAAGCUCCAAAAUUACAAGGUCAAAAUGGAUCCGGUAAUGGAAACAAUAAAGGGGAAGACGGAGCCAAGUCUGAUGCUUCCGAUAAAAAGACCAAUAAUGACGCAUCAGCACCUUCUCCAGCACCUGCCAAGCCAAACGGAUCUGGCAAAGAGGAUGACUAUUAUUUGUUCCCGGUCGAGCAGGAUAACAAGAUGGUCGAGUUGAACAAAGGUGAUAUGGUAGCAUAUGUCGAUCAUCCACAAUUAACUGCUUCAAAGGCGAAUGGGACAAAUGCAUCAAAGCGGAGUAUUAUAGCUACACAAAGACUUGUAGUACGCAAUGCUCCAUCUUCAGCAAUCACCAAGAGAACUUUCAACAGCGGCAUCACUCUGAGAAGAAGAGAAAUUAUUCGCACUGUCAAGCUGACUCGUAGAUUAUCACCACAACCAGCCAAGAUUAUCAUCAAACGAAGGGAACGUCAUGAUGAAAAACCAAUCCUUAUUCGAUCACUUUCACUCGCCUUGAAUCCAGUCAAACAUCUUUUAUCUCGGGCUACCUUGCAGCCAGGCAAAGUUGGCGCUACUCCCGCUUAUUGGCAAGGUCAACCUCUGGUUUAGGUUGACGGCCGUAGUUGUAGUAUCCUCUCAACAACAUUUUAUCUUUAAU